GUUAUCCGAAGGUGAAAAGACCGGAUCUAAAGCUGGUUGCUAGUCCUUGAUAUCGAGAUCAAAUUAUGACAGCAAAAGAGAAAUUUUAGAAUGAGAUGACAGAUGACUCAGAUGAGUAUCAACAUCAACCAAAAACCAAAACCAAACCAAACAUCAAAAUCAACAUCAUGGUAAACAAAUAGACUUGUGAGAGAUGCAAUAAGUUUUUAAAGUAUUAUUUUUAAUAAGCAUUUGAGUUUUGAACCGAAUUUAUAAGUUUUUAUGAACAAUAAAUAAAAUUUUACAUCAAAUAUGGUAGAUAAUCCUGAAGCUUCCAGUACACCAAAAAAAGUAAUGGGAAGAAAAUCUAUUCGAAAUUAUCAAGUUGUGAGUCCUAUUGAAAAUCAAAAAAAUAUAUCACAAACAGAUCAUUACAAUGAUAAAGUUCAAAGAGAAGAUGCAAGGGAAUGCUUUAGUUCUGGAACGGAGUCAUAUUCAGAUGGUGAAGGACAAGUAGAUUCCGCUGAGGAAAAUAGCCUAAAUCCUGAACCGAAUGUGAGCAAAACUCAAUUUAGUGUCAAUGGAAAUAUGAUUUACAUUUUGUUUAUUAUACCAGUUUUAGUAGGCCUAUAUAUGUACAAUCCCCAGGCCGAACCUAUAGAAAGCAUACAUAGUGAUUUUGCCGAUUUAAUAAGUGAUCAUCCACAAACGGACGAUUUCUGGAUUAAUGUCAGGGUUGCCCUACAUGACAUUAAGAGGUUAAAACAACCCAAAUCCAUAAUAUUUUUGUAUGAGGAUGACACAACUAUGGCUAAGGUUCUUAACAGCAUAUCAAGGUAUUCUUCAUAUGAUAUAUGCAAAAGUAAACAGGUAAUUCAAUUACCUGGUAGAUAUUUAAAAAACUCAAAUUUCUUAAAAGAUUAUGGUACCUUCAUAUCAGAAAUCAGAGACGACUUGGCUGAAAAGUGUGUCGUAAUAAUAACAAAUCUAGAUGAGGCUCCAGGAACAUCUGCUCAAGCAUUUCAUAGUUUGUGUGAUGAAUAUAAUCCAGUCAAAGAGCAAGUUUUAUUUUUAUUCACAAUGAAAGUUAAAAGUCUCGCUAACACUAGCGACAAAUAUAUUGAAAAAACACUACAGGAGAAGUGGAAUGAUUUACAUAUUGAUAAAUUUUAUCCUUUGUAUACCAGAAUUUCUACCUUUGUUGUAAAAGUAAAAACAGAAAAAUAAAUUAUAUAUUAUUAAA